CAAACGCUUAGCAUUUCUUCCUUCAAUUUCGUCUUCUAAUAGUAUGUUUACAUAUGAAAAUAAUCUCGUUAUAAGAUCGUUUAAUAAUCUAACCGUUUAUAGACCAAAACGUUUGUGGAAACACGAAAGGUACGGUAAUUUUUGGGAGCUCGACGUUGCUUACAAUAGUGACAAAUUCUUCAAGGAGAGCUUCCGGAUGAGUCGGGAAUCAUUCUCAACUUUAUGUAAUGAGCUAUCACACAUUGGCAAACAUAAUACUACAUACAGGGAAUGUAUUCCAUUAGAAAAAAGAAUAGCUAUCGCUUUAUACACCCUUGGUUCUUCUGCUGAAUAUAGAACAAUUGGGAGACUAUUCGGGGUUUCCAAAGCGUCUGUAUGUUGUAUUCUUAAAGAUUUUUGCCGAGGAGUGUGGGACAAACUCUCGUCUAAAUAUUUAACCUGCUCAUUUCUCACGCAAGAAAAAAUUACGGAGUGCGUUGAAGGGUUUACAAAGAUUAGAUUUCCACAAUGUCUGGGUGCAGUAGAUGGAUGCCAUAUUGAGAUUAGGCCCUCCGCAUCUGAUGCUGUUGACUAUUUCAACUACAAAGAUGUCGUUACAGCUUGCAGAGAUGAAAGCCCAGCAUCAAUCAUUGUUUGAAGCGCAGAGCACACGCUUAACAACAAAGUUGUCCCAAAUAAAAGAGCAAAUAUCAGCACAAUUUUCUUCACAGUUAAAAAAGCAGAAG